AUGGAUGAUAUAACUCCAGGACAUCAGAGGUAUGUGGAGGGAGAGAUUAGUGCAUUUGACUAUGUGGACAAAUGUAAAGUUAACAUGGGUGACUUGUGUAGAUUCUGUGAGGAGUUGGGUUAUGGUGGAGUCAAAAGGUUUUACAGGUUUGACUCCUUCAAAAAGUUUAGGGAGAUAACCAUGGAAACAAAUUUGUUAUUGGCUAUUGAUAGGCAUCAGAAGAGAGAAGUCCAUAUAUGGUUAGAUGCUGAGAAACCAGGAAAUAGGAGUGCAGGUGAUGGAGGUGUUCUUGUAGGUGCUGGAGGUGUUUCUGUAGGUGAUGGAGAUAGGAGUGUGCCUGUAGGUGAUGGAGAUAGGAGUGUGCCUGUAGAUGAUAGAGAUGAGGGUGACCAAUCUGAGGAUGAGGACUUUUGUGCAAAAUAUGUUGAGGCAGAGGAGUGUGUGGAAGGUCCUAAACAGAAAGAGUACCAACAUGAGGUUGAUGAUGAAAUGUCCACUGACAGUUCCAGAUCCAAUUGCACAGAGGAUAGCAGUCAUGAUGAUUUCUCUAGUUGUAGUGACUCAGAUGAAGAAAAUGGGGAAAAUGAGGAAACUGAGAGCAAGUCUUCAAUGAGAAGCAUAUUAACAAUCCAAAGUUUGAACUUGGCCAGAAGUUUCCCUCCAAAAAGAUGUUUAAGCAAGUCAUUCCUAACCAUGGAGUGCUAA